GCGGGUGACACAAAACGUCUCUAACCAACACAUCAAAGAUUCAAAACUUUGUCAAGGGUCUUACUCUGCCGCCGACUCAAGACAGCAACCAUCUGAAGCUUCCAUAGAAAGCCUGCUUAAUAGCCUGACCUCCAUGCGCUCCGCGAGCCAUGUUAGAUUUCUCGGGAUGCGUCGACGAUGACUCGUUCGGCCCUGCCGUACGAGGAUGUCGCGACGAUUUCGAUUUCACCAUCAAGUUUGAGAAGAUCUUUUUUUCCCUGAUCCCAACAUCCAUCUUCAUUGCAGUCGCUCUGGCCCGUGUCGCCCACCUCACCCGUAAUCCUUCUAUUGUGGGAGGCUCGUUACUGCGGGCCGCAAAGUUGAUCGCGAUCAGCGCAUAUACCAUCAUACAACUUGCCCUUCUGAUCCUAAGCAUCACCAAGUCCCGCAAAUUCGCGAGCUUUUUCAUCCCCUCAGAUGCUUUGGCUUUGGCAUCAGCUCUAUGCAUGCUCCUUCUCUCGAAUCUCGAGCAUCUGCGCAGUCCCCGGCCAUCCAUCCUCCUCAGUGCAUAUUUGUUCAUUGCGCUUCUAUUCGACAUUGCUCAUGUCCGGACAUUGUGGUUGGCAUCCACUAACAGCGAUGAACUUGUCCUCUCUCGCCUUUGGACCUCUGGGGUCGCUGUCAAGGCAUCCCUCAUCGUCCUUGAAUCCCAGUCCAAGGCUAGGUGGAUCGUUCGCUGGGAUGUCAAGGAACAUAGUCCGGAGGAAACCAGCGGGCUGUACGGGCUUGGUGCCUACCUCUGGCUUAAUCGCCUGUUUCUCACGGGCUACCGCAAGAUUUUGGACCUCCAUGACCUCUUCCCCCUGGACCGAAACAUGUCUUCCGAGGUUUUGCAGACCAGAUACGCCGGCCGAAUCGACGUGCGUCAGGUAAAAGGCAAACAUGGACUUGCGAGAGCUCUCACAAAAGCUCUUGCGGUACCUCUUCUAUACCCAGUCGGCCCUAGAAUCGCCCUCGGUGCCUUCCACUUCUGUCAGCCCUUUCUCAUCGAGACUCUGCUGGGUUACCUGGAGCGGCCCGCCAGCGAGUCCUCGCAAAACCUUGGCUAUGGACUUAUCGGGGCGAGCGUUCUCAUCUACGUCGGCAUCGCCGCCUCCGGUGCGUUCUAUUGGUAUUAUCAGGAGCGAGCCAUGUACAUGGUUCGCGGUCUUCUCGUCGGGACUAUCUACCGAGCAACGAUAGAAGCAGAAUUGACAGCGGGCGGUGACUCUGAAGCGCUUACCCUAAUGAGCACGGAUGUUGAGCGCAUUAUCAGUGGCUGCCUUAACCUUCACGAGUUCUGGGCAAAUACGAUUGAGGUUGCGCUGGCAUGCUGGUUGCUCUCGCGCCAAAUUGGUCCUGCCUUCGUUGCUCCUCUGAUCGUCAUCGGUGCCUGCGUUGUCUGCUCCGCCGCGUUGGCCAAGUUCACGGGGCCUCGGCAAAAAGAAUGGAUGGGAAAAAUCCAGAAACGAGUCGGUCUCACUUCUGGCAUCAUUGGCCAGAUGAAACACCUCAAAAUCUCUGGACUUGCCGAGCCCGUCGAGGAGUCUAUUCAGACCAUGAGAGUGGACGAGCUCAACUCAGGGGCUAGGUUCCGAACCGUGCUCGUCUUAGCCGCUGUGGUGGGUUUCACGCCACUCUGCCUAUCACCAGUCAUCACAUUCGCCUUUGCUGCUCGAACAUUGGAUGUGACGCUCAUCUUCACGUCAAUAUCGUAUAUCACGCUUCUGGCGACCCCUUUGGGCACGCUUUUCCAGGCAGUCCCCCAGCUUCUCGGCGCUUUAACUUGCCUGAGCCGGAUUCAAGCCUUUCUUGAGAAGGAAGCACACGCCGAUUUUCGAUCGUUCCAUGGGCUACCUCGUCCAAAUCAAGCUACUGCCGAGGAAAAGCCAAGACCGGAGAGCCUUAACUCUCAAACUACGGCAAAAGUUAAGGUUACUAACGGAAAUUUCGGCUGGCAUACCGAGAAACUGAGCCUCAGGGAUAUUGACCUCGAGAUCCCCAGCUCUUGCCUUACGAUCGUUGUCGGGCCUGUGGCUUCUGGCAAGUCUACUUUGUGCAAGGCUCUUCUUGGUGAAAUACCCGUGUCACAGGGAGAAGUUAUCAUGGCUCCUAAUUCGAAUCGUAAAAUCGGGUACUGUGAUCAGACACCGUACCUGUCAAACGCAACGAUUCGGGAGAAUAUUGUUGGGUUCUCCCCAUUCGACCAACAGCGGUACGAAGAAGUCAUUGAAGCUACCAUGCUUGGCCCGGAUCUGUCAAUCCUGCCACAGGGAGAUAAUACCAAUGUCGGGAGCAAUGGGGUCACGUUGAGCGGGGGCCAGAAACAGCGAGUUUCCAUGGCAAGGGCCUUGUACCUCGACACAGACUUCUACGUGUUCGAUGAUAUUCUGAGUGGUCUCGACGCGGACACCGAAGAACAGGUCUUCCUCCGUGUUUUCUCAUCUACCAGCCUUAUCCGAAGAAGGCACGCCACAGCAGUUCUGUGUACACACUCCGUGCGACAUCUCCCCUCCGCCGACCAUAUCAUUGCCCUUGGCCAGGACGGGACGAUCGUUGAGCAAGGCACUUUCCAGGAGCUUCUCGCUAAUGAGAAGUAUGUACACAAUCUCGGGGUCACCGAGAGAGGUCCUCUGCUAGGGGAUGACUCUGUGCCAGAGAGUAAGAAGCUAGAAAAGAGUGCGCUCAAAGCCCUUCCACGCUCAAAACCAACUGCUGCCUCUUCCAAAGUCGAGGGGCAGGCAAGGGCUACCGGUGACUGGGCAGUAUACAGACACUAUUUCUCACGCAUUGGAGCGCUUUGUCUGACAGCCCUUGUUGUCCUCGGCAUCGGUGGGGGUUUCUUCCUCAACUUUGGUACCAUUUGGUUGAAGUUCUGGUCUGAAGACGUCGCAUCGCCAAACCCUUCCCGUUUUAACGGCUUUUACAAUGGGGUGUAUGCCUUAUUGCAGACAGGUGCUUUGGCUUCUCUAUUUUCUGUUGCGAUGGUGGGAUUUCGCUCAGUGGUGAAUAUCUCAGGGGCAAAACUACACCGUGAAGCGCUGAACACCGUCUUCAACGCGCCCCUUAAAUUUUUCACCAUCACCGAUACUGGUGUCGUGACCAACCUGUUCUCACAGGACAUGACGCUGAUCGACGGUCAGCUUCCUAUGGCCAUGAUCAACGUGAUACUUGCGGCUUUUGCUUGUAUAGGCAUGGCUGCGGUGAUUGCUACGGCUUCCCCGUAUCUCGCACUCACCUACCCAAUCCUCUUUGCGGCCAUGUACGUCUUGCAGAUGUUUUAUCUCCGCACCUCUCGCCAGAUUAGGCUGCUGGACCUCGAAGCCAAGUCCCCUCUCUAUUCGCACUUUAUCGACACCAUCAAGGGAAUCGCCACGUUCCGCGCCUUCGGAUGGAUCCAGGAAGGCGUCUCCCGGAAUGACAGACUCUUGGACACUUCUCAGCGACCAGCCUACCUCCUCGCAAUGAUCCAGCGAUGGCUCGGUUUCACUCUGCAACUGAUAGUGGCAGUUCUCGGCCUUGCCGUUGUGACGCUCUCAACACAAUUGCGUUCCAACACGGCUUUUACCGGCGCCAGUCUUGUCACGCUUAUGGCGUUUGGCGAGAACCUCUUUUCCAUUAUUCGGUUUUACACGAUGCUGGAGACGUCUAUCGGAGCCGUCAGUCGGCUGAAGUCUUUUAGCGAGAAUGUCAAACCCGAGAGCAGGGAGGGCGAAGACGUCGUGCCCCCCAAAGAGUGGCCGCUGAAGGGUGCCAUCCAAAUCAGCGGAGUGUCAGCAUCAUACGGGAGUGACGACGAUGCACAGGGCGAGACGGCAAGUCCACCGGAGCAUCUUGCUCUCAAUGACCUGCACCUCGACAUUUCUCCAGGGGAGAAAGUGGCCAUCUGCGGUCGCAGUGGCAGCGGCAAAUCCUCCCUCCUCCUGCUCCUCCUCCGCCUCCUCGAUCCCUUGCCAACCUCAACCUCAAUGACACACCCGCCGGAAAUAACAAUCGACUCCAUCCCCCUCUCCAAAAUCCACCGCCCCUCCCUCCGCAACCGUGUCAUCGCCAUCCCGCAAGACGCAGUCUUCCUCCCCGACGGCAGCAGCGUGCAAUCGAACCUGGACCCGCUGGGGCAGAGCACGGCAGCCGACUGCCGCUCCGCGCUCGAGGCCGUCGGGCUCUGGGACUUUGUCGCCUCGCGCGGGGGUAUGGAGGCGGGGAUGUCGCCCGAGACCUUUUCGCAGGGGCAGAGGCAGCUGUUCAGCCUGGCGCGGGCCAUCCUGCGGCGGCGGGCGCGCGCAAGGGAGAGAGCAGCUGAGGCUGGCGAGAAAGUAGUCGCCGACGGCGGGGUGCUGUUGCUCGACGAGGUCAGCUCCAGCGUGGACCUGGACACGGACGGGGCCAUGCAGCGCAUCAUCAUGCAGGAAUUUGCGGGGUACACCAUUGUCAUGGUGAGCCAUCGGCUCGGGAUGGUGAUGGCGUUUGACAGGGUCGUGGUGAUGGAGCAGGGGAGGAUCGUCGAGACGGGUCGGCCGCGGGAACUGGCUGAACUGGAAGGGUCGAGGUUCAGGGAGCUGUGGCUUGUUGGAAAUAAGGGGAGGAGUUGA